AUGCCCAAUGUAGGCUCUAGUACAACUGGACAAUCUGGAGCAACCGGUGGGGCGGCCUCUUCAUCGUCAGGGGCGCCAUCUGCAAACACUGUGACCAAUGUGUCAAAUCAAAACAGUGUAGCUGUGGAAACCGGUGGGGCUGCUUCUUCGUCGGCUGGUGUGGCAUCUGCAAACGCGGUGACCAGUGUGUCAAAUGGAACAGUCACCGCUGUAGAAACAAGUUCGGGUGCCAUGGGUCAGGAUGGAGAUGUCCAGGCGGACACAACAGGAGCUGUGAAUACUGCGCCAAUCAUUGAUGGCAAAGAGCCAGUCGAAUCUUGGAUGGCGAUGUUUUGGUGCGCCUGCAUCGAGCUAGUGAAGAUGGACGUCUGGCGAAAAAUGAUGACUGCUGUAAAGGAGGUGGACUGGUUGUUAACUGGUGGAACGCACCUCGGCGGUCAGAACAUAUCUUUUCUGGUGUGGCCUAUGUGGCAAAGAUACACCGAUGAAAAGGUUGUGAAAUAUUACGUGACCAAUGAGUCAAGGAUCGACCAGUUGGAGUCUCACUAUUCCAAAAAUUCUGUGGGACGCACAAAAGAUUUAAUGCAAGACAUCGAUCUCUAUGUGUCCGGCCUCGAAGGUGGCCACAAGCCUGUAUGGACGGAGGUCCAGAAGUUGAGCAACCGCUUCGAUGCAGAUUCGCUGAGCACUUACAUCAGAGAUCUCAAAGGAGCGAACCUCAAAGGGCCCGCUUUGCUCCCAGCGCUAUCCACCUUCGUCGCUACCCGCUCCAAGAUCUUCCUCCUGCAGUCCAGCACGGCGACAAAUGCCCACGAAGUCGAGCGACACGCGGACGACUUCAAGGAAGACAUGACGAAGAUGAACGAACAAGUCGCCAAUUUGAAGGCUAUGCGGCUGGAGCACACGUUUCAUGGAUCUCUUGUCUCUGAUGCCGCGUGGUCGGCGGACGGCCGCCUCGCCUUCGGAGACCUCGACAAACUCUACAUCUACUCUAAGGAGAUGCAGCUGAAACGCACUCUGACCGGCUUCGGUAAGCUCUCUCUCGUUUCGGUUGCAUGGUCGGCGGACGGCCGCUUUGCCGCCAGUGACACAAACAAGGUGUACGUCUACUCCCAGGGAAUGCAGCUGCAGCGCACGCUGGGAGGCGAUUUCUACGUACCGGUCCGGGGCUUGGCGUGGUCGCCGGACGGACGUCUCGCCGUCGCAACCAAGUCGGAAGUGCGGAUCUACUCCGAGGUCGGCCGUCGACUCUUUGGCUGGUGGGGCAAGAGCCAGGAUGACGCUUCCGAUGUGUUGAACGACGCCUCCGGCUUCAUCUCCGCCUUGGCGUGGUCGGCGGACGGCCGCCUCGCCGUCGCAGACGGCAAAGACCCGGGAGGUGACGGACUGCCGGGGAAAAACGUGCGCAUCUACUCCCAGGAUAUGCAGCUGGAGCGCACGCUUCACGUAGAAGAUUGGAUCCACUGCUUGGCGUGGUCACCGGACGGCCGCCUCGUCCUUGGAGAUUCAAGCUCGCGCACGUGGCAGUUCUACUCACAGGAUCUGCAGCCGGACUUCACACUUAAGCAGGAUGGCUGGGACUUCGACCAAACUUUUUUCGUGGCGUGGUCAGCGGACGGCCGCCUCGCCGCCGCAGCCCACACGGGACUGCGCAUCUACUCUGUGCCGGACGUCACCAAGGAGCUGAAGCGGGAGCACAAGCUGAGAGACUGCGACUUUACCGCGGUCUCCUGGUCCGCGGAGGGCCGCCUCGCUACGGUUUGCCAGAACGAUGUGCAUGUCUACUCCCAGGCUCUUUACUGA